GAAGAAGAAGAAGAAGAAGAGGAAGAAGAAGAGGAAGAAGAAGAAGAAGAAGAGGAGGAGGAAGAGGAAGACGAAGACGAGGAAGGAAUUAGCUGUCAUAGAAAGUAUUUGGAGUGAAAGAAGGUGUCAACAAAGGAUGAGCACCUGUGACUGAACAACAUGCCUGCUGUGUCCACUGGAGCCAAGGACUUGUACUUGUCCACUAACCUGGGAGAGCUCAACAAGAAGGCUGAAGUCAAGGCAGACAAGAUCAGCACAAGAAAUUAUGUUCAGAGCGCCUGCAAACUGUUCAAGGCAGCAGAGGAGUGUCGCCUGGAGAGAGACGAGGAGAAAGCUUACAUCUUCUACAUGAAGUACCUGACCGUGUACGACCUGCUGAAGAAGAGAGCAGACUUCAAGCAGCAUCAUGUGUACUUGGUCUCUAGUCAUGUGUACUUGGUUGCUCGUCAUGUGUACUUGGUUUAUAGUCAUGUGUACUUGGCCUCUAGUCAUGUGUACUUGGUUUCUAGUCAUGUGUACUUGGUUACUGGUCAUGUGUACUUGAAGUGGCAGCCAGAUGUAUUGUGUGUCCUAUGCUUUCCCACUUGGUUUUGUUUGCCCCCACAGCAAAGCCUGGACCCCAUGGACGAGGUGGCGGCGCUGAUUGCGGCCAGCGUGCACGACGUGGACCACCCGGGUCGCACCAACAGCUUCCUGUGCAACGCAGGAAGUGAGCUGGCCAUCUUGUACAACGACACGGCGGUGCUGGAGAGUCAUCACGCCGCGCUCGCCUUCCAGAUCUCCACCAGAGACGACAAGUGCAACAUCUUCAAGAACAUGGACAGGAAUGAGUACCGCACAUUGAGACAGGCCAUCAUCGACAUGGUUCUGGCCACUGAGAUGACAAAACACUUUGAACACGUCAACAAGUUUGUCAACAGCAUCAACAAACCUUUGGCUGCUCUGGACGACAACCUGGACACAGAAGAGUGUGUGAAGAGUAUUGUGAGGUCUCCAGAGAACCGCAUCCUGGUGAAGAGGAUGCUCAUCAAGUGUGCUGACAUCUCCAACCCCUGCAGACCUCUGCAGCUCUGCAUCCAGUGGGCGGGGCGCAUCUCAGAGGAGUACUUUGCACAGACUGAGGAGGAGAAGAGCCAAAGUCUUCCAGUGGUGAUGCCAGUGUUUGACAGGAAGACUUGCAGCAUCCCCAAGUCUCAGAUCUCCUUCAUCGACUACUUCAUCACCGACAUGUUCGACGCCUGGGAUGCUUUCGCAGACCUCCCCAACCUGAUGCAACACCUGGACAACAACUUCAAGUACUGGAAAGAAUUGGACGAGCAAAAGCUUCACAGUCUGCGAGCUCCUUCAGAAUAAAAGCGCAUGCUUGACACACGCAGCUGGACUCCAAAGCCGC